AUGAUUUGGAUAGCGUUGUUGCUCGUUGUGAAUGUCCUCGUUGUGUUUUUCUUCCUCUACAUGAGGAGAUCGGUUCUCUGUCCUGUCGAUGCAGACAUGCACGGAAAGGUUGUCGUCAUCACCGGUGGUAAUAGUGGAAUCGGUCUAGAGGCGGCCAAAGAGCUCGCCCGGAGACGCGCUCACGUGAUCAUCGCGUGCAGGAGCAAAGAACGCGCCGAAGACGCAGUCCUGGAAGUAAUUCGUGAAACCAAGUGGUCGAAUGUCCGUUCCGUCAAAUUGGAUCUGAGCUCGUUCAAAUCGGUCCGCGAGUGCGCCAACAAUCUUCUCCAGAGUGAAGAUCGUAUCGACGUGCUCAUAAACAACGCCGCAGGUCUCCCCUACGGCGGGAACGUCCUGCUGACCGAAGACAAAAUCGAAUAUCAAUAUCAGACGAAUUUCUACGGUCAUUUUCUGCUUACGUCGCUCCUCCUACCUGCUCUCCUGAAGAGCGACUCACCGCGCUUGGUGAACGUUUCCUCGUGUCUCUACAAACUCGGCAGAAUAGACCUCGAGAAUUACGACCAGAGUAAGUAUCGAGAGCUCGGGAUGCAGGUCUAUUCGAACACGAAGCUCGCGAUCGUCAUGAUCACUCGAGAGCUCGCCGAGAGGUUCGGACACCGAGGACUCGGGGCUUUCUCGUGUACUCCAGGAACGUGCAAUACGAACAUCGCCCGCAACGUGCCCUGGUACAUCCGCUAUACCGUGGGUCAAGUUUCAAGGAUUUUCAGUCGAAGUGCCAAUGAUGGAGCCCAAACGAUUGUCUACCUGGCGGUAGAUCCAUCACUGAGCAAUGGUGCUCUGAACGGAAAAUAUUUUAUUGAUUGUGAAGUGGAGCCUCUGCUCGCCUCUGCUCUGGACGAGGCGACUUCAGCGAAACUUUUCGCGUUCAGCGAGAAGCUCACUGGUGCCGACUACAGUAUAAUUUAG